ACCAUCUAGGGUUUUAAGCAUUACGAACUCGCUUAAAUUUGAUCCUUUUAAGACCAUCUUCUUCCUCACUAGCCCCCUCUCACCCGGCGCGCCCACACUCACACACUCGCACGCAGAGUCACAAAGAGCAAAGAACCGCCACACUCUAAGGCCGCAGCCAUGUCUCUCGUCGCAAAUGAGGAGUUCCAGCAUAUUCUGCGUGUGCUGAAUACCAACGUGGAUGGCAAGCAGAAGAUCAUGUUCGCCCUUACCUCCAUUAAGGGUAUCGGCAGACGUUUCGCCAACAUCGUCUGCAAGAAGGCCGAUGUCGACAUGAACAAAAGGGCUGGUGAACUAUCUGCUGCCGAGCUCGACAACCUGAUGACAAUCGUGGCAAACCCCCGCCAGUUCAAGAUUCCUGACUGGUUCUUGAACAGAAAGAAAGACUACAAGGAUGGUAAAUACUCCCAGGUGGUCUCCAAUGCUCUGGACAUGAAGCUCAGGGAUGACCUUGAGCGUUUGAAGAAGAUCAGGAAUCACCGUGGUCUUCGACACUACUGGGGCCUUCGUGUGCGUGGACAGCACACCAAGACCACCGGCCGCAGGGGAAAGACUGUUGGUGUCUCCAAGAAGCGUUGAAGAACUUUACUGUUGCGAAUUUUGUGUUACUUUUUAGAAUACCUUCUAGUGUUUAGCCUCAAUCUACUUCAGUUUUGAUGGAUUAAUAGCAGUAUGUCUAGCUGUCGUUUAAUUGUAUUCCUAUAGACUGCUUGAUCUUUGUGUUUGAGGAUGGUAUGGUAUGCGAUGGAGUUCAAUUCCAGAUAUUUGUUGAUAUUCUAAAAUCUCAAUUGUAUGUUCGAAUUCCUCA